AUGUCCGAGAACUUUGAUUUAGAUAAAGACCUGGAGAUAUCGGGUAUUGUCGUGGCGGGGCACAUCGGCGACAAACUCGUUUCGGAUGUUCGGCAGGAGUUGGAGAAGAAACGGAAGACUAUACAGCCACGGAGCCGACAGAUCCAGCUACACUGGAACGCCGAAUGCGAUGCCGUGAUGUUCUACUUUGACAUUGUAAUCAAGCCGUCCAUCGCAAUUCUAGAAGAUAGGCCGUGCUUGAACCGAUGGUUCGUUCAAUACCAUGAUCGUCCGAAGGGAACGUCGAUCUACAAGCCCCGGGUUGAGAAAGGCACUUACAACGUCCUGAUCGUCAUUGAACCAGGGGCGGGCCUUCCCCGGUUCUAUGAGGGCUCGCAUGUGGAGAGCGAGAACGAGGCGAUGGCACCCGCCGUUAGUACCUAUGCUGUGGAGGUUCCCCAGCAAAAAGGAGCGGUGGUUGUCUUUGAGGCAACGCUAGGGCGUCGAGAUUCCGCAGUGGAAGGUAUCGGAGCGUCCUGCAUCAUGUUGGUAUAUUGA